AUGUCGUCCAACAACACCUCGGCCAGUGUCUCCAUCGAUAAGUUCGAUGGGGACAACUACUCAACCUGGUGUCGCUACAUGCGCGGCGUGUUUCUGACGAAGUCAGUCUGGUACGUCGUGAACAGCGAAACGUCUCCAACCUUCACCGACACGCGAGCUUCCGACGAGUACGUCAAGGCGAGCAACAUCGCGUUCGGGUUGAUGUUGCUCCACAUGGACGCCGACUACCACCAUGUGGUCGACAACUGUGAAGAAGCAUGGACAGCGUGGUCGCGGUUGAAGAUGCUCUAUGGUGGGUCGCAGAAGGCGGGACGAAUCUACCUCAAGCGCCAGCUGUUCAGCAUCAAGAUGGCGGAAGGUGCCAACGUCUUGCACCAUUGCAACGAAGUCUUGAACAUCGGCGCCAAGCUCAGCAGCAUCGGUGCCAAGAUGGAAGACGAAGACAUUGCGAUCUGCUUGCUGCUCGGUCUCCCGAAGAGUUUCGAGAACGUGGUUCUGAACUUGGAGAUGAGCAAUGCAGAGCUGCGCACGCAAGAUGUGGUCAAGGUGCUGACUAACGAGCACAUCAAGCGACAAGGCGAGAAGAUGACAACGGCAACGACAACGGUGAAGACUGAAGAUGCGACAAAGGCAUUCAGUACCGAGCGCAAGCCCUACCAAUGCACAUACUGCGGCAAGCCCAACGCGGCGGCAAUGGUCGUGGACGCGGGGCAAACAAUGUCCAGUGGCGACAUUAUGAUGAAGGCAACAGCUACGAUCGAGUGGCGUUUGCAGUUUCGUUCGAAUGCGGAGUUUCGACGAACAAGAAUGGACCAGGAAUGUGGGCCGUUGACAGCGGGACGCAACACAUCAAUCUGCCACGACAAGUUCAAGUUUGCAAGCUUGGUCGAAGGCAAUGAUGGCGAGAUCCUGGUGGCUGAUGGCAACAAGGCGGCCAUCAAAGGUGUGGGGACCAUCGUGGAAAAGGUGAUUCUGCCAAACGGGGAAGAGCGCGAGAUCGAGAUCAAGAACGCGCUCUAUGUGCCCAGCAUGAGCAAAAAUCUGCUCUCGGUGCCGCAGAUUAACAAGCACGGCAACUUCCAAGUGGUGUUUGACGGGGAUACGAUGUACGUCGCUCGCAAGGAUUCCAAUCAAGUGGUGGCAGCUGCGGAUCUUGUAGACGGACUCUACUGGCUUCGCACGACGCAGCGAUCGGCCAAUGCGACAUCACUCAGCAACACUGUUGAUCUACAUGCGCAAAUGGGCCAUGCUCCAGUCGACGUGCUUCGCAGGAUGGUGACAAGCCACAUGAUCAAGGACGCUCACAUCCCUUCCAAGCCGAAUGGAUCAAGUGUGUUCGAGGAUGCCAAGAAAGAAGGGAAGAUGGUCCAAAAAAACCAUUCCCGAGCAACCGUGACAAGCGCACCUACAACACCUUCGAAAUGCUCCACUUCGACAUCUGCGGACCCAUGGAAGAAAAAACUCUGGGUGGCAGCAAGUAUCUGCUGCUGA